GGCAUCGGCCACCCCACCGCUGUGGGCCUCGUUCGGUCUUACAGGGAGGGCAUCGGGGCGAGCGAUGCAACGCCUCUCCAGGCCGCCAAGAGGAGCGGGUUGUGCGAGGGCAUCGGCCACCCCACCGCUGUGGGCCUCGCUCGGUCUUAUAGGGAGGGCAUCGGGGCGAGCGAUGCAGCACCUCACCAGGCCGCCAAGAGGAGCUGGUUGUGCGAGGGCAUCGGCCACCCCACCGCUGUGGGCCUCGCUCGGACUUACAGGGGGGGGGGCGACGGGGCGAGCGUCGCUGCACCUCGCCAGGCCGCCUUCGGCAUCUCCGUUUGCGAGGGCAUCGGCCGCCCCACCGCCGUGGACCUCGCUCGGUCUUACAGGGAGGGCAUCGGGGCGAGCGAUGCAGCGCCUCACCAGGCCGCCAAGAGCAUCCUCCUGUGCGAGGGCAUCGACCUCCCCACCGCUGUGGGCCUCGCUCGGUCUUACAGGGAGGGCGACGGGGCGAACGUCGCAACGCCUCACCAGGCCGCCAGGAGCAGCACCAUGUGCGAGGGCAUCGGCCACCCCACCGCGGUGGGCCUCGCUCGGACUUACAGGGAGGGCUACGGGGCGAGCGUCGCAGCACCUCACCAGGCCGCCAGGAGCACCUCCGUUUGUGAGGGCAUCGGCCACCCCACCGCUGUGGGCCUCACUAGCAGCGUGCCCUUGCCCCUGGUCACUCGGGGUGUGGCUGCUCUCGCCAUCGUCGAGCCCACCUGGGCCAGUAGUCGCAGCCGGCGUUGGGGCAUGCAGCCUGGGGUCCACCUGGCCACCUUGCCGUUCACUGAACUGGUCCCGCUGGGAUGUUGA